ACGGCGCAUGUUUAUUCAACGUCAGCCGAUUCCACCGAUCACAAGUCUUUUGAUUAGUUUCUCAAAUAAUCCAACUUGUACAGUUGUUUUUUUUUCGCUUCGUAAAAAUUUUAUUGUAAUAAUGAUACCUGGUUCAAUUUACCUUUGCAUCGCGACGAGCGUCAUUCUUUUCUCUGAUCUAGUCAGUAGCUAUGUACUGCCUGUGCCAGGUGACUGUACCAAGUAUCAAGUGUGCGACUACAGCGGCUGUUUCGUCUUCAAUUGCGGUCCUGGUACUGAGUUCAACGAAAAAAUAAAUGUGUGUGAUUAUAAACUCCAAGACCGCGUUGCAUGCGGUGCUCGAGACAAUUUGGGUCUAAGUCCAGUGGGAGGUUCAUAUCCGCAGGGUCAAGCGGGUCUGGUUGGCCCGAUUGGCGGUGGUGUCCCCGCAGUCCAAUGUCCAGGAGGUAGUGCAUGUGGGGGUGGACAGAGUCCUGCCGGCUAUCCUGGUAACCAAAGACCUAUCGGUGGCGGACAAGGUCCUGUGGGUAGUUACCCGGGAGCGCAAGGUCCCACUGGUGGUUACCCGGGAGCACAAGGUCCCACUGGCGGUUACCCGGGAGGCGGAACAUCUGGCAAUGUCAUACCCAGUGGAUGUUGAUCGUUGGCUAUAGGAUUGGAUUUUUUUUUCCAUGUCGAAUCGAGCAAUUGAGGAUGAAACAGCACAUAAAGUACAUGUAUAUACACAUUUGUAAUUAGAAAAGUUAUAUAAGCGUGUAAAUAAAUCGUUGACAAUUUCAAGUGAUACAUCCAUGAUGUUGUGCAAUUUUAUCGUGA